AAGAAAGUCAUCUUUCAGAUUGUCUGCUCAGAGUUCAUGUCAAAGCCUGGCAAGGGUUGGAGCAGUCAAUAAGAGUCAGCGCCUUUAAAAAUAAAUCUACUCACUUUUCUGUGUGCAUAAGGCUGAGCAGAGAUUCUACCUCUCAAGAGGAACUGACUUCUGUUGAGCACUCAACACGCCGCAAAGACCAGCAAUCUUGCAAGCACCCUCACCUCACAGCAUGGAGAGAGGAGACCAACCUAAGAGAACCAGGAAUGAAGACAUUUUCAACUGCUUAUACAAAAACCCUGAGGCAACUUUUAAGCUGAUUUGCUUUCCCUGGUUAGGAGGUGGCUCCAUUCAUUUUGCCAGAUGGGGCCAAGAUACUCAUGAUUCACUGGAAGUGCACUCCUUAAGGCUUCCUGGAAGAGAAAGCCGAGUUGAAGAACCUUUUGCAAGUGACAUCUCCCAGUUAGUUGAUGAAGUUGUCUGUGCUCUGCAGCCAGUCAUCCAGGAUAAACCAUUUGCAUUUUUUGGCCACAGUAUGGGAUCCCACAUUGCUUUUAGGACUGCACUACACCUAAAAGAAAACAAUAAACCAGAACCAUUGCAUUUAUUUUUGUCAAGUGCAACUCCUGUACACUCAAAGGCCUGGCAGCGCCUUCCCAAAGAUGAAUUGUCAGAAGAACAAAUUAGUCAUUACCUUCUGGAAUUUGGAGGCACCCCCAAGCAUUUUGCUGAAGACAAGGAAUUUGUGAAACAAUGUAGUCCCAUCAUAAGGGCAGAUCUGAACAUUGUUAGUAGUUGCACCUCUAACGUACCAUCUAAAGCUGUUCUUUCUUGUGACUUAACAUGUUUUGUUGGAUCUGAAGACACAGCAAAGGACAUGGAAGCCUGGAAAGAUGUAACCAGUGGAAAUGCUAACAUUCACCAGCUUCCAGGGGGUCACUUUUAUCUUCUGGAUCCUGCCAACGAGAAAUUAAUCAAGAACUACAUAAUCAAGUGUCUAGAAGUAUCAUCGAUUGCCAAAUUUUAGAUAUUUUUCCUGUCACUUUUAAAAUAAUCAAAGUAAUAUGAUACACUUUUCAGUUAUUCAGAUGUAGCUCAGUUUUAUUCAGAUUGGAAAUUACACAUUUUCUACUGUCAGGGAGAUUCGUUACAUAAAUAUAUUUACAUAUCUGGGGACAAAAGUCAAGCCAGUAAAGAAUACUUCUGGCAGCACUUUGGGAGGCCAAAGCAGGUGGAUCACGAGGUCAGGAGAUCGAGACCAUCCUGGCUAACACCAUGAAACCCCGUCUCUACUAAAAAUACACAAAAUUAGCCGGGUGUGGUGGCAGGUGCCUGUAGUCCCAGCUACUCGGGAGGCUGAGGCAGGAGAAUGGUGUGAACCUGGGAGGCAGAGCUUGCAGUGAACCAAGAUCGCACCACUGCACUCCAGCCUGGGUGACAGAUCCAGACUCUGUCUCAAAAAAAAAAAAAAAAAAAAAAAUACUUCUGGCAGAGUCUUUUAUCUUCCUAUUAAAAUCUCACUUGAUUCUCCUUUAUGGGAAGUUUGUCAACAAAAUUCAUGAUUAGUAAAUUAUCCAUUUUUUCCUUCAGUUAGUUUAAUGGUGAAGAUGAUUAACAGGGGAAAUGCUUGAAGUAAAUGAUUGUUUCAAUGACA